AAUUACAGAACUAUGUGCUGGAUGCUUCAAGAAGAAAUGUGCAAUUCUAGCCUCGGUAGUACGUUAGAUACGCGAGCCGAAGUGUUUUCGGUUAUAUUGUUCUGCUCCGAAUACUUGGGAUUAUCACAUUUGAGCAGAGAUACACAACACCCGAUCAAAGCGAUCCCAAUUUUGAACGACUGAAGUACCAAUUGAAGUACCAAAAGUGUGUCCACCAUUCUGCUCUGAUUGGUUCAUAGAUAAGGAAAUUAGUGUUUUGAAUUCUGGCACUGUGCUCUGAAUGCUUCAGUGAAUAGCCCAAGUGUUUGCAAUUUCAGCUAUACCAGAGACACGCUCUGCCUAUAUUCAAGUGUUAAUAAUUUGUGGAUCAUGCUCAGAAAACUUAGAGAUUCGAUCUCCAAAGUCUUUCCAACUCUAGUGAUUUUCAAUUAUAGCAUUCUGAUCUGAAUGCUUCAGAUGUUCGUGUUGGAAUAUUCAAAUUCCAAUAGUUUAAAUGUUGUUUUCAAGUUCCAGUAAUAUCAAAAAUUCCUAGAUGUUCUGAACGCUUCAGAGAUACGUAUUAAAGAACCAAAGCGUUUUCAUCUUUGGCUGUUCUUAUCGGGAAGCUUCAGAGAUACACGUUGCAGGACUGAAGUGAUUCCAAUUGUAGUAAUUUGCUGUGGAUGCUUCAGAGAAGUGGAAACGACUGCUUUCAAUUAUAGCAUUCUGCUCUGGUCGCAGCAGAUACUCGAGAUGAAGCAUUCGAUAGUUAAAAUUCAAGCUGUUCCUCAAAAGCUUCAGAGAAACGCCCAAGUGUUUUCAAUACCAGCGACAUCAGAGAUACGACCAACAAGAUUUGAGACAAGAGAUAUGGUAUUCUAAUUCUAGCCUCAUGAUCUCAAUACUUCAGAGCUGUGGUACGUGUUGCAGAGGAUUAGAGGUCUCUUCCCGCUUCAUCUACCCACCGACGCUGUUCUGCCCGUUGCAAUCCGACACCGAAGUUUGCGCGCUUUCCGACGCUCGCAACGCCGAAAAGGACAAUCCGGCUCGAAGGACCAAACACAGCUCGAACGUGCAGAAGCCGUUUGGCUAUAAACAACUACAACAAAACACACACACCACGUUGCUAGCUAACGCAGCGACAACUCGGACCCGAAUAUUACCGAACGAGCGCCAAACGUCCCAAAAAAAAUCGACAAGGCAAAGCCAUAGAGCCCUUCAACAAAAAAGGGCAAAGAAAACCCGAAGCAAAAUCAGGCAAACGCAAUGAGCACGCGGCGGCAGCCGAAGGAGGGGGCCGGCCCGGAGCGGAGCGCGCUGGCGGCCGCGUUCACCAGCAACACGAAGGGUGGGGCAAUGAUAAUGAAAAGCGUUUCCAUCUUUCUGGCCAGUGGCAGGCGAGCUUCGGCCCAGUCGAGAGAUCCGGCCGGGAGCAGCAACGGUACCGCAGCGCAGCCGACCGGCGGUUCGCAGCAGGCGAAGGAGCACCAGGGCGCAGCCGGCACCGGGCGGACGACGAUCUCGCGCGACAACCGACGCAUCCUCGCCAGGAUGGAUGAGCUGAACGGCAAGCUCAACCCGAAGAUGCUGGAGAUGUACAAGCGGCGGACGCACUUUUCCAAGGUGGAGGUGGAGGCACUGUGCAAAAUCUAUCGCAAGCUGGUCGCAAACGCCAGCAUGAACUCGAAGGCACUAGCCGCCAGCAACCCGGGCGUAAUUGCCAAGGCCGGCUCCUCAAUGGACGGCAUCGACCGGUCGGUCUUUCGCGAGCUGCUCCACAGCACGUUCGACAUCGUGACGGAGGAGACGCUGAUGGAGCGCAUCUUCUGCGCCUGGGAGAAGGGCUACGAAGGUUUGCCGAUCCGGCUCGAGGGCUGGCUGAUGGGACUGUCCACCUUUCUCAAGGGUUCGCAGGCGGAGAAGACCGCGUUCUGCUUCCGCGUGUACGACCUGAACAGCGACGGAUUCAUCACGAAGGACGAAAUGUUUGCGCUGCUGCGCAACUGUCUGAUCAAGCAGCCGCAGGACGAGGACCCGGAUGAGGGCGUCAAGGAUCUGGUCGAGAUUGCGCUGCGCAAGCUGGACAUGGAUAAGGAUGGCAAGAUUUCGUUCCAGGACUACCAGGAAGCGAUUGCGGAGGAGCCGCUACUGCUGGAGGCGUUCGGCCAGUGUCUGCCCUCGGACCGGGCGACCAUGUCCUUCCUGUCGACACUGCAAGCCCAAGAGGAUUCCAACUAAUGUCACCGACGCAAAGGCCCACUUCAAACAUCUCCAAGGAAUACUUCUGCGUAAGAAAACCACUUCGAACAAAGCACAGAGUGCUCGUCUCUUCUUUCCAGACCUGCCGGGUGACGGUUUGUGCGAUCUUCGUCUUAUCAUCAUCACCUUCCGCCUGCCCACCGACGGAAACCUGCACCAGUUGCACGGAGUUGGACAGCAGUGAGAAAAGGAAGGAAAACAGGUCAGCCAUCCGUCCACCGCCUGACCUUGCCAUCCGUGCGCCGUCAGCACAGUCGUCAGCCCAAAAGUUAUGAUGCGCAUCGCCGCAUCGGCCGCACCUAAAAUCGAAGGUCACACAUGUUUUGGUUUGAGGCUGGGGAGGGUAGGAGUCAAGGAGCCCGGAGGUUCCGUAUCCGGAAGACGUUCGGGCUGUUUUGAUUUUGCACUGUUUGCCAAUUUGCCAAACACUUUUUGCUACAUACACAUGACGCACAUGAAUGCUUCGGAAGCAAAAACAAAAAGCUUUCGACGCGAUAGAGCUAGAUUUCUAACGUUGCUUAGGCAGACGGGUGGGCCCAGGGACAGAGCCAGACAGCGCAGGCAGCUCAACUAGGCUGUCAAGCAAUUAGCGAAAACGCCAAAUUAGAAAACUCACUAGAUGCAGGUACGACGGGUAACAGUAUCCUUCCUAGCUCAAGCCUUACGCCUUUAUAGCGAAACUCCAAACAGCUGUUGGGGUUAUGUUUUGUUUUUGAUGUACGAAAGAGACCAACCGCAAACUUUCCAA